CUUCAGGUUGGGACUGGGACACCGGCUGGUGUCUGGUGCGGGAGGGGAGCCCUGGGAAGGCGAGGUGCCUGCCCCCCCACUUGGAGAGACACACUCUGAGCUGCAGACCCUGCUGCCCUCCCCAGGCCCAUGGCAGUGGCGGGGCCCCCACCUCGGAAGGGGGGCGCAGGUUGGGCCUGGCGGCCGGUGGCGCGGGAUCCACUUCUAGCUCGAGGUUUCCAUUCAUGCACGGAACUGCGGGGACGGUUCUACCUGGUGGGGGGUCUCCUAACUGGAGAAGCCAGACAGCCCAGUAGCGAUACGGUAGUCUUUGACCCAGCUGGGGGCCAGGUCAUGCGGCUGGGAGCCCGGGGCAGCCCCCCGCGCAGUCACCAUGACGCAGCACCUGUGGGCGGGCGCUGGCUCUGUGUGGUGGGCGGCUGGGAUGGGUCGCGCCGCCUGUCCACAGUGGCCGCCUUGGACACAGAGCGCGGAGUGUGGGAGUCGUGGACAGCGACCCCUGGCAACUGUCCCCCUGCCGGCCUCAGCAGUCACACCUGCACUCGCCUAUCGGACCGAGAGCUGCGGGUGGCUGGCCGAGAGGGCGGUAUCCGCACUCAGCGACGCUAUGGAAGCAUCUACACGUUAAAGCUGGACCCGGGGACCCACACCUAUUGCUACAAGGAAGAAGACUGCCACACGGUCUCCCGCUCCGGCCACUGUGCUGCCCUGCUCCAAACCCCGGGGCCCCACCCACGCCAUCAGCUACUGCUCUUUGGGGGCUGCAAUUCAGCUGAACCAGAAGUAGCUGGGCACUGGAGUCACGGGAAGAUUAAGGAGGAACCGCCAGCAGCCCCGCAUUUGACAGAACAGCUUGCAAGGCUUGUGAGCAGUGCGCAGGGGUCCCGGCAAGGGCCCCAGGGACUGCGGCAUCACUCGUGUUCUGUGGUGGGGCCCUUUGCUGUGCUGUUUGGUGGAGAAACUCUGACCAGAGCUAGAGACACCGUCUGCAACGACCUCUACAUCUAUGAUACCCGCCAGUCUCCUUCUCUGUGGUUCCAUUUCUCCUGUGCUGACCGUGGGCUGAAGCGCAUGGGCCAUCGCACUUGCCUCUGGAACGAUCAGCUUUACCUGGUUGGGGGUUUCGGUGAGGACGGCAGGACAGCUCGUGGACAGAUUUGCAUCCUGGAUCUCUUUAUCUAAGUGGUGCCAAGACACACCACAAAGCCUGUCUUACUGCAAACCAAUAAAGUAUUACCACCU